GCUGCUAAUGUGCCUUUCUGCUGCCCGAGCCAGCCGGGCUUUAUUCAUUUCCUUCCUCCGAGCUGGGAACUUCGCAGCCCGAGUGCCUGUGAUAACCAUUGGGAUACUCAAAGAAUCCCUUGGGAGCUGAAGAGGCAGCAUCUUCCAGGCUCAGGGGCAUCACAUCUGGUAUCACCUUGUUUUUCUGGAGUCAUCAUUUUGAUCCAUCAAGCAGCUGGUUUGUUACUGAAAAGCUCAGAGUAUUUCCUCUGAUUGCUUUCCUAUUUGGAUCUUUCCAGAGCUUGGAAUUCUUAAACGCCCGCCAUGGAUGACUUUGAACGCCGCAGAGAGCUCAGGAGGCAAAAGCGUGAGGAAAUGCGCCUGGAAGCAGAGAGGCUGUCCUACCAGAGAAACGAUGACGAUGACGAAGAAGCCGCCAGAGAACGUCGCCGGCGGGCUCGGCAGGAGAGGCUGCGGCAAAAGGAAGAGGGAGAUCUCUCAGGAGAAGUAACAGAGAAAUCCGAGGUUAAUGCCCAAAACAGCGUGGCAGGAGAGGAAAGCAAGCGCUCUACAGAUGAUGAAGCUGCUUUGUUGGAGAGGCUGGCGAGACGGGAGGAGAGACGCCAGAAACGUCUGCAGGAAGCCCUGGAACGCCAAAAGGAAUUUGACCCCACGAUCACAGAUGGGAGCUUGUCACUGCCCAGCAGGAGAGAAGUAAACAAUGUGGAAGAAAAUGAGACCACGGGGAAAGAGGAGAAGGCUGAAACGCGCCGAGGACGCUGUGAGAUUGAGGAGACGGAAACAGUUACCAAAUCGUACCAAAGGAACAACUGGAGGCAAGAUGGGGAAGAAGAGGGAAAAAAAGAAGAAAAAGACAAGGAGGAGGUACAGGAGGAGAAACCAAAGGAGCUCCCCAUAGAGGAAAAUCAGGUAGAUGUGACAGCAGAAAAAUCCACAGAUAAAGAAGAGGCAGUAACUGUAAAUGCAGAGGAGCACAAAGCAGAGAAUGAUACAAAUGCUGUGCCAGAAGGGACACAAAGUGUAACUGAUGCUGUAGAUAAAGAGAAGCUUAGGGAUGAGGAAAAAGCUGAGGAAGAAAGGAAAGAAGCAGAGGAAAGGGAGAGGUUAAAAGCAGAGGAAGAGAAGAGGGCAGCUGAGGAAAAACAAAAAGCUGAGGAAGAAAAGAGGGCAGCUGAGGAAAAACAAAAAGCUGAGGAAGAAAAGAGGGCAGCUGAGGAAAAACAAAAAGCUGAGGAAGAAAAGAGGGCAGCUGAGGAGAGGGCUAAGGCAGAAGAGGAGAAGAGGGCAGCUGAGGAAAGAGAGAGGGCUAAAGCUGAAGAGGAGAGGAGGGCAGCUGAGGAAAAACAGAAAGCAGAGGAGGAGAAGAGGGCAGCUGAGGAGAGGGCAAAGGCAGAAGAGGAAAAGAGGGCAGCUGAGGAAAAGGCUAAACUAGAAGCAGAGAAAUUAAAGCAAAAACGAAAGAUGGAAGAACAGAAAAUAGAAGAUAAACAGGUAAAAGAGAAGAAAGUAGAAGACAAAAAACCUCAAGCAGCUUUCUUAAAAAAGCAGGAGGAAGAAAAAGUGGAAGCUAAAAAGGAAAAGCUGCCAGAAGAGAAGCUCCAAGCUACCUCCAUAAAAGAUCAGUUAAAAGAUGACAAAGGCAAAGCACCCAAAGAGGAAAUGAAAAGUGUGUGGGAUCGCAAGAAGGGCGUUCCUGAGCAAAAGGCGCAGAACGGAGAGCGUGAGCUCCCCACCUCCAAACUCAAACCAACUGAGAACGCUUUUGGCCGCUCGAAGGGGAGCGCCAACGCGGAGGAGGCCAAGCCGGGCGUGGAGGCUCUGAAGAGGCUGGAGGAUCAGCGGCGCCGCCGGGGCGAGAACGAGAGCGAGGAGCUGGAGAAGCUGAAGGAGAAGCAGCAGGAGGCGGCAGCAGAGCUGGACGAGCUGAAGAAAAGGCGGGAGGAGCGCCGGAAAAUCCUGGAGGAAGAGGAGCAGAAGAAGAAACAGGAGGAGGCUGAGAGAAAAAUCAGAGAGGAGGAGGAAAAGAGGAGGAUGAAGGAAGAGAUCGAACGAAGAAGGGCUGAAGCUGCUGAGAAACGCCAGAAGAUGCCAGAAGAUGGUGUGUCUGAAGACAAGAAGCCCUUUAAAUGUUUCAGUCCUAAAGGCUCAUCUCUCAAGAUAGAGGAGCGAACGGAAUUCUUGAACAAAUCCGCUCAAAAGAGUGGUAUGAAACCCACCCAGACAACAACAGUUGUCUCAAAGAUUGACAGUAGACUUGAGCAGUACACCAGUGCAAUUGAGGGCACAAAGGCUUCAAGACCAGCUAAAGCUUCUGACCUUCACGUUCCAGCUGAGGGUGUCCGCAAUAUCAAGAGCAUGUGGGAGAAAGGGAAUGUUUUUUCAUCACCUUCUGGGACAGGAACACCAAAUAAGGAAACUGCUGGACUGAAGGUUGGUGUCUCCAGUCGUAUCAACGAGUGGUUGACCAAGACCCCAGAGAGCAACAAAUCCCCUGCUCCAAAACCUUCUGAUUUAAGACCAGGAGAUGUAUCUGGCAAACGCAAUCUCUGGGAGAAGCAGUCAGUGGAGAAGCCAGCUGCUUCUUCUAAGGUAUCAGCUAUGGGGAAAAAAUCAGAGACUAAUGCAGGUUUGAGACAAUUUGAGAAAGAACCAUAGAAGGCCCUUAAAGAUGCUGGACCAAUCAGUUUGGGAAAAGAAAAAAAAGAAAAAAAAAAAGAAAAAAAAAAAAGGAAAAAGUGCUAAAUUGUUCUUUUUAUAUUUAUGUUUAUUUACCAAAAUGUCUUUUUGCAUUAUCCCAGUUAAAACCAUGUAUAUUAGCACUGUAUUUAAUAAUCAGUCUAGACAUUCAUCAGAAUAGUACUGCCUUUGCACAAGAGCCUUUAUUCCUAAAGAAACCCAUGCUGUGAAAUAUAUAAACUCUCCUACUGACACUCAUAAAUAUGUAUCUGAACAGUGAUUUCAGCUGGCAUUUGGUCAACCCAAAAAGCAUGUAAAGUAAAGUUGCUUGGGAAAGGUGUGCAGUAAACCUAUAAAAACAAUGGUUACUUUUGUAAAACAGAAGUCUUUUUUUCUUUCUGCACUUUAAACUAAGGCAUGGAAGAAAUAUCUUUAGUUGACAAUGUAAUAUUUUCUGUAAGUUGCCCAUGUCAUGAGAAAUACUGCAUCAAUAACGUGUUUUAAUUUUUUUUUUUUGUUUUAUACUUUUUUUUUUUUAAAGUAUCAAUUUUUCCAUUCUAGUUUAAGUUAAUACCUAAAUUUGGAUGAUUAUGUUAGCUGACAGCGGUACUGAUACUUCUUUUUGUUGUUAGUGACUAGUAAUGGAAUGCAAUCUAGAAUAUAUAUACACACAUAGCUUUACAAAGUUUAGCCUAAAGGCACUACUAAUGGUAGAAUGCUUUAAUAUGUGCUAGAGUAUUAUAUUUAGCAAUAAACAUACAUAAUUAGCCAAUAUCACAGCUUAAAAAAAAAAAAUAAAGACAAAAUCACACACUUUUCUAUAGUAAGAUUUCAUAAUUGUCAGUAGAGGUAUGGUGAGAUAAGUAUUAAAAAAAAUUUAAAUGUCAGUUGCCCAGAAAUGGGUGAUUAAAAAGAAAGUAUAGUUUUUAAAAGAGGAAAAGGUAAGGGUAUAGAGGGUCAAAAAUAGGUCACUUGUAUAAAAACGUUGUAGUUUAAUUUAUAUAAAACCACCAUAAUUAAAAAGAAAAAGAUGUAAAGAGAGUUGGAGCUUGUUUCAAAUGACUGUACACUAAAUCUUGCCAUCCAUCAGUGCCGUACACCAAAAUGAAGUAAACCUCUAUGAUGCUUCUUUUUACCUCUCUCUCCUGAAUACCUUAUUUACAGAUGUUUUUGUUUGUACAUAGUAAAUACUUGGCUGUAAGACAUCAGCUUGGUUUGGAUUUACAUGCCAUACAGUUUAGCAUUGACAUCCUACAGAAGAUGGGGGCAUAAACUGAGCAACUCAAGUAGCCCCUGAGCAAAUUGUGAACAGCUUUGCAUCAGAGCCCCCCAGGACCUCCCUUAUCACCACUUCCAUCUCCUGCAGCAUCUGGAUUCUUCCUAAAGAAGUGUAAUAUUCUGUUCCAACCCAAAGCUGGGCUCCCUGCUCAGCUGAAACAUCUUGUUUACAUGUGGAGAUGCACGAAGUUUUCUGUAGGGGGUGAAACUGUGCCUGGCAUUGUCUGUGAGUUGUCAUGGUUUUUUUGUUUGGGGGGGGGUUUGUGAGCUCUCCUAGGAGUCUUUCAAAAAACAUCUGAUGGCUGCAAUAAAAACAAUUUGUUCAAAGAAAUGUAUUCUGAAACUGCAUCUGCAAUAAAUGGAGUAUUCCCAUCAGCA